CAACCUACCCUUAUCAGAUGAGUUGAUGACAACCUACCCAUAUCAGAUGAGUUGAUAACAACCUACCCAUAUCAGAUGAGUUGACAAGUUCACUUCUAUCCAAGCAUGCGAACAUGUGGCAUAUAAUGCCUUCAAUUACUUUAUUAUCUCUUGCCAGGACAGGUUUCUCUUCCCUUCUUUCAUCUGAUGCUGUGAUGCGCCUGCUCAGGUCUCCUCCGCACCUGCUCUCCCUCACACACACGCACAAGUACGCACACACCCAUCUCAUGUUAGCUCUGAAUAAUGUAAGUGCUGCCUCACACUACGCUUCUGCCUUGAGGGGAAACCAAAUGACACAGCAGAACCGACAUGCACUGGGACCUCCGGGUGUUGCCUAGGGGAUCUCUCUGCGUUGACAAUUAGCUCGCCAGCUAAUAGUGGUAUGGAUCCUUAGCUCAAUAAAACUGUGUUGGGGAAAGAGGGGAUUGUCUGAAGGGGUGGUUCAGGUUCUAGUCAUUGUGAUAGUAAGGGAUUCUAUUUAAAUGUCUUCAACUUUUUCACCGCUACAAGUACUUUACAGCAGUGGUUCCUAACCUUUUUCUGUUACUGUACCACCAACUGAAUUCUGCUCUGCCCGGUGUACCCCUGAAGUACGCCCUCAAGUCCAUUCUACCAGUAGGCCUAUGGUCUCAUGAGUCUUCUCAAGUACCCUCUGUGCAUAGGCCAAGUACCCCUGGUUGGGAACCACUGAUUUACAUUGUGUGGGUCACUCACCCCAUCCACCUCCAAUGUGUAUAGCAGCCAACUUGGUGAUUAGCAGCCAUUUUGUACUAGAGUGCUCAGCAGUUGUCCAGUAUCUGGGAUAAUUAUUUGCUUAGAAAUCACUAGUGCACCAGUACUCCAACAAGGGUUGUCGAUGAAAGUCUCAGGCCAGUGAAAUGUGAAGUAUGCCACACUAAAUAGUAAUCACUUUCAGGGAGGUCCUCCUUAUGUAGUAUUGUGCUGGAUAUGGUUUAAAGUACUUUGAGACUUAAGUACAAAGAGUUAUAUACUUAAUGUAUUAUUAUUCAACUCCUAGUGGGUCGAAGGCCCUUCAAACCUCUCUAUAACAUUUUAAAGUGCUUUAUAAAGGCAGUAUUGUUCUCACCAAUGAAAUGAGGUACCCAUACAUAUGGUGUGAAGAUUAAAAUAGAAGGUGCAGUCCUGUUGCAGUCUUGCCAAAAUGUUCUACCACCACAACAUUCAGUAGUGAGGUUUAAGCCAAGCUACUGAAUUCAACUGUGUUCAUAUCACUGACCUUCUGUAGUGGCGAAUGUAUUUAUUUACUCAUAAUAAAAACCCUGGUAAAAUAUGGGUUAAACAUCAAUAAAAAGUGUUGACUCAAAGGAAGUCUGGUUAAAUGAGGACAAUAGAAACAUCCUGGAAUAGAAACAAAGGACGGCAAGUCAAUUUUCCCAUGUCCUCGUUUUGGAAAAUGUUCUCCUCCGCCCCUUUAAAGUGCAUUUACUGUGGGCAUUCUGGAGCUGCAUCACAAUGGUCAAUCCCUGCACUCCUUGUUAGCAUAGCCUUGGUCAUACAGGUGUCUUGUUAAUAGGAAGUAAAUACCUAUAGGAAGAAGAGAAAUGUGAGAUGGUCAAGCAUCGCUAAUACUAGGCAGGCAGCAGGUAGCCUGCAGGUAGCAGCAUCACUAGGCAGGUAGCCUAGCGGUUAGAGCGUUGGGCCAGUAACUGAAAGGAUGCUGGAUCGAACCCCUGAGCUGACCAUUUAAAAAUAUGUUGUUCUUCCCCUGAACAAGGCAGUUAACCCACUGUUUCCCAGGCCGUCAUUGUAAAUAAGAAUUUGUUCUUAACUGACUUGCCUAGUUAAAUAAAGGUCAAAUACAAAAAUAAUGGGGUACUUUAGCUGUAUUGUAGUUCAUUCAUAUCCACUGGAAAUCUCCAUUGCUUGAAUUACAAAUGUAUAUCUAAUAAACUUGAUGUGUCUGAGUUGCAUACAAAUUACUUAAACAUUUAUAGACUGUGGGCAUAGAAAAUCAUUCUCCAGUGAAACUAAACUACCUUGAUGAUUCAUAGUUUAUUUGGAAAGUUGUUGUAAAAAGUAAAGAACUUCAAUACUGCAUGUCAAGUUAUUAUGCCGGGUGGACUCUGUCCAAAGUCAACACAAACCUCCUCCAAAGCUGUCAUCACCAUGACUAUCACCAUGGUCGCCAUCAGUUGUCUCCAAACAAAACAAAUACUUCAUAGCCUAAAUCACAUUCCACUGGAUAUUGGGACAGCAUUGGCCUCAGAAACCCUCAGUUAUUUCCCAAGGAUGAACAUUUUAGUCAUGUUUUGUUAAUCUAAUGUUUUCCAGGUCUACUAUUAGCGAUAUAUUGCCAUUGUGUUAUUCACAUCUCUCUCUAUCUCUCUCAAUGGCAGCAAAGUGCUUUGAGGGUGUUAACUUGAUGCAGCCUGUACGCAAUGUUUAGAGAAUGAUAGAAAAUAACUGGUCUUAAAACUACUAGGGAAAUUCUGAUAUGAAAUAAAACAAAAGCAUAUUACAAAUAAAAUGUAUGAUUAUUAUUAUAUAUGCAAGUGGACUUGAAUGUUUUUUCAAUCAUUAUUGUUGCUCUUCUUAUUUCAUCAAUGCAGCCACCCAUCCGUAGCACGCGCUCCAGCAGGUGUAUCUCACUGAUCAUCCCUAAAGCCAGCACCUCAUUUGGCCGCCUUUCGUUCCAGUACUCUGCUGCCUGUGACUGGAACGAACUGCAAAAAUCGCUGAAGUUGGAGACUUUUAUCUCCCUCACCAACUUCAAACAUCAGCUAUCCGAGCAGCUAACCGAUCGCUGUAGCUGUACAUAGUCUAUUGAGUGUAUCCGACAGCGGCAGUUAUACUUCACCUGUUUAAAAAAAAAAAAACAUUCACUCAAAAUGAGGGAAAUUGUGCAUUUGCAGGCUGGUCAGUGCGGCAACCAAAUUGGAGCAAAGUUCUGGGAAGUGAUUAGUGACGAACAUGGCAUCGACCCCACUGGCACAUACCAUGGGGACAGUGACCUUCAGCUGGAGAGAAUUAAUGUGUAUUACAAUGAAGCCACGGGAGGCAAGUAUGUCCCCCGUGCGGUGUUAGUGGACUUGGAGCCUGGUACAAUGGACUCUGUGAGGUCGGGUCCCUUUGGACAGAUCUUCCGACCAGACAACUUCGUCUUCGGCCAAAGUGGAGCUGGAAACAACUGGGCCAAGGGCCACUACACAGAGGGAGCAGAGCUGGUGGACUCUGUUCUGGAUGUGGUGAGGAAAGAGGCAGAGAGCUGUGACUGUUUACAGGGUUUCCAGCUCACCCACUCCCUGGGCGGGGGCACAGGUUCGGGCAUGGGCACCCUGCUCAUCAGCAAAAUCCGCGAGGAGUACCCCGAUCGUAUCAUGAACACGUUCAGUGUAGUGCCCUCGCCCAAAGUAUCAGACACUGUGGUGGAGCCCUACAAUGCCACCCUGUCAGUCCACCAGCUAGUAGAGAACACAGACGAGACCUACUGUAUUGACAACGAGGCUCUGUAUGACAUCUGCUUCCGUACCCUUAAACUUACCACGCCCACCUAUGGCGACCUCAACCACCUGGUGUCAGCCACCAUGAGCGGGGUCACCACUUGCUUGCGCUUCCCUGGCCAGCUCAAUGCUGACCUCCGUAAACUGGCUGUCAACAUGGUGCCCUUCCCCCGUCUCCACUUCUUCAUGCCGGGCUUCGCCCCCCUGACCAGCAGGGGGAGCCAGCAGUACAGGGCCCUCACUGUGCCCGAGCUCACCCAGCAGAUGUUCGAUGCCAAGAACAUGAUGGCAGCUUGCGACCCACGUCACGGCCGUUACCUCACCGUAGCUGCAGUGUUCAGGGGCCGCAUGUCCAUGAAGGAGGUGGAUGAGCAGAUGCUGAACGUCCAGAACAAGAACAGCAGCUACUUUGUCGAAUGGAUCCCCAACAACGUCAAGACCGCUGUCUGCGACAUUCCUCCCCGCGGCCUCAAGAUGGCCGCCACCUUCAUCGGCAACAGCACGGCCAUCCAGGAGCUGUUUAAGCGCAUCUCCGAGCAGUUCACCGCCAUGUUCCGUCGUAAGGCCUUCCUCCAUUGGUACACCGGGGAAGGUAUGGACGAGAUGGAGUUCACUGAGGCUGAGAGCAACAUGAACGACCUGGUGUCUGAGUACCAGCAGUACCAGGACGCCACCGCCGAGGAGGAGGGAGAGUUUGAGGAGGAAGGAGAGGAGGAGCUGGCGUAGAGAUGUGUCAUGUGUACUUACUUCACAUGCCUUACUGACAUUUUUCAGUGUCCUGUUUGUCUUGUCUGUCCCUUUUCACUGUGGCCUUCUCAAGCUGUCAAAUUCCAAUUUUUGAACCAAAUCUCUAUUAAAGGCAUAACUUUGAUAGCA